UUCAAGAUUUUGUGCUCCUCUUUCUACGGCCCUCCUUCUCUCCAUUUCUCUCUUUCAAUUUCUUCGCUAUCUUUAGAUCUUCAAUAAUGAUUGACGAACAACAAAAACCACCUCCCAACAAGGUAGAAUCGUCGUUCUUUAAAUCGUCAAAAGAAAUUCCCUCUGAAUCGAUCGAACAAUAGCGUUCGAUCGCGUCCAGAAGCGAAAUGGUUCCGCAAUAUUCGUCAUCUUUCUUGUUUCUCUUCGCAUUCCUCGCUGGCUUGGCCUCCUCGGCCACCAUUUCUAAUGGCGUCCUUCAAUCUCAUGGAAUGACAGCCCGUGCUCUCCUUCAAGUGAAAUCAGAUUGCAGCAUCGACUUUGAGCAUCAGAACUACACAAUCAUCACAAGCCAGUGCAAGGGGCCGAGGUACGAGACAACCAUAUGUUGUAAAGCGUUCAGGCAAUUCGCCUGCCCUUUCACCAACGAGCUCAACGACGACAAAAGCAAUUGCGCCAACACCAUGUUCGGCUACAUAAACACGUUCGGCAAGUACCCACCGGGGCUCUUUGCCAGUCUCUGCAUCGAUACCACCAACGACAAAGGUUUAGGUUGCACGGACGAACAAAUCGAGCUCUCAAAUGGGGUUCCAUCAAAAUUCAAUCAAUCUCCGGUCCUGAUGCUGGCAGCAGCAGCUGCCGCCUUCAUCACAUGCUGCCCGUUCGAGUUGUUUUGAAUGGAAUGGUGAUUUUUUCUACUCCCAAGUACUUUUACACAAAUAUGCAUUGUUGUUGUGCCUACAGCUCUCCAUGCCCAUCAUAUAAGAGUUGGUAUUCUUUUGUGGGAAGUUAUUAACAGAACAAUAUAACAAUGAUAUCCUUUUACUGAUAACCCUAUUGAAUAAUAGAUCUUAC